AAGCUCUUCCGCCGAGAGUCCCCCAAUGCUAGGUCCCUGCCCAGCUUCCCCGCAGAUGUCAGAUCGGACAUCGCGUCAUGCCUGGCCGUGCCCCCCACUAGUCUCUCUUGGCUCCCCCGGAUCGGCUGCCCCCUGCGCCCUCUGAAUUAACCGUCGUGGCCACUCUCCCAUCAGCCCCCCUCGAUUCCCUUCCCUCGCAUUUCUCCGAGCAAUCGGCCAUGUGCGGCCAUGAGUCCCAAGCGCCAGUCUCCUCCGACCACCUCCCGGGCCUGUCAAUUCUGUCGCGUCCGCAAGAUCCGCUGCGACAAUGUGAAACCCAUCUGUGGCUCGUGCCAGCGCCAUGAUCGACAAUGUGUCUAUGUGGUCGACCCACCCCGCCAGAGGCCCUCCAGAGCCCUCAUCAACGCGGCUCAUCGCCAGCGGCGGGCAGCCGAGAACGUCAUCAUUGCCCUGAAGAAUGCGGAGCCCAGUGCCCGGGCUGGCAUCCUGGACGCGAUCCAGGUCCAGGAUGGGUUCUUGCAACUGCCGCCCUCCUUGACUGGCCCCAGUGCCGCCAUCCCGGCUGCCCAGCCGGCCCAGACCGGUGAUGCCUACAACGCCUCGACCCUGUCUACUCCCAAUGACGAGCUGGAUGAUACCACCUCGGAGGAUGAGGAGUAUGACCCCACUACCUUUCUCUCCCGUGACGAAUGCGGCACUGUGGGCAUCUUUGGCCCAUCGUCGGCGUUGCAUGCCCGGAGCCCCGUCGGCCUGGUCGACGGCGCCCACUCUCGACCGGCUGCAGAGCCGGAUCGCUACCGGCUUAUUGCCGAAGCAGCCCUACAACGCCAGCGUGAGCCUGACCUGCGUCGUCUCGCGACUAUUGGGGGCAUACCAUCCGAGCUGGCCUUGCAUCUGCUCGAUCUGCAUUGGAAUCGGCAGCAUCACACGUUCCUGCUGACCUAUCGCCCGGCAUUCAUGCGGGAUCUGGUCACGGGGGGGCCGUACUGCUCGGAGUUUCUCCUCAAUGCGGUGUUUGCCUGUUCCAGCAAGUUCUCGGAGCGACUUGAAGUCCGGGAAGACCCUCGACGGCCUGAAUCUGCGGGGAAGCAAUUCUUUGAUCGAUGCGAUCAGUUGCUGGCCGAACAGUCCUUGUUGACGCAUUCCAGCAUCCCGACUAUUGCCGGACUGAUCAUGCUCGGCAGCACCUUCAACGCCCGGGGACAAACCUCGAAGGGUUGGCUGUAUACGGGGUUUGCCCUGCGCAUGGUAUACGACCUGGGAUUGCAUCUGGAUUGCAAAGAGGUGGCUGCCAGUGCGGAGGAUAUCGAGGUUCGACGCCGUGUGUUCUGGGCGGCCUUUAUCUGCGACAAGCUGCAGAGCUUAUACUUUGGACGCCCUUUCACGAUCCAGUUGCGGGACGCCCACGUCUCUCGAGACUUCAUGGACACGUUUGAAGAGAAUGAGCUGUGGACGCAGUAUAUCGAUCCCCAGAAACCGGACAGCCAGAUUCGCUCUCAUGUCCCUACGCGCAUCUACUCGGUGACCGUGUUUCAGCAACUGUGUUCCUUGUCCAAGAUCAUGACGAGUAUCAUCGAUCGCUUCUAUAUGGCGGGUGCUACGGGCCGCAAGACGCGCAAGUAUCUGGAGCUGAUCAAUCGUCGCCUGGCGACGUGGUACCGCAAGCUGCCGGGGGAGCUACGGUUCGAGCCCUGGGCGGAUGAUGGACGGUCCCCGCCGGCCGCUGUGGCGCCGAAUGUGAUUAUCCUCCUGACCACCUACAACGCGCUCAUCAUCCUGCUCCAUCGGCCAUUUAUGGGCAGUGGGCAUCUGCGCGCCGAGGAUCCGCCGGCCGACUCUUGGGAGCGCUGUAUCACGGCCGCCCGCAACAUCACAAGCCUGGCACUGGCUUAUCGAUCCGCUUAUUCACUGCGGCGGGCCAACUACAUGCUCAGCUACGCGGUGUAUGUGGCCUGCACCAUCCAUGCACGAAAUCCGGCCAUUCGCGAAAGCACGCGCCGGAAAGAAGCGUCGUCUCCACUGACAGUGUGUCUGCGCUGUCUGGACGAAUUGGCUAUUCCCAACUGCGGGGUGUCAGCACCGUCGAAGAUCAUCCGGCGGCUGAUGGAGGCCAACGGCAUGUCCAUCCAAACGGGAUGCGACCCUGCCAUCCAAGAUCCCUUCCAGGUGGACAUCAACCUGGACUUUCAAACCUUCCCGGGUCUGGACUUUAGCCCGGGGCGACUGGACCACGACAAUCAGCUGUCCGGCUUCCAGGACUUCAACCAGGAUCUCGAUCUCCUGUUCGGGUUCAUGAACGAGCCGGACAUGUCCAUCUCCUCGAUCUUCAACGGUGUGGUGCCCUACUAAUGAUGUCUAGACCAACACUUAUAGAUAAGCUAGAACCAUCAUUCCUAU